AUGGUGGAGCGACGGAUGUCCGUCGCGUUGUUUUCGGAGCCCUAUCGUACCGACGGUGCGGGCGUGUGGGCCGUGAGUGACGAUGGCACGUGCGCGGUUUUUCAGCGCGGUUCGGCUGCUCCUCGUUCGUGGCAGAUUCUUUCUCGCGGGGAAGGCUUUGUCUCGGUUCAGGUGGGACCUGUCGUGUUCGUUAGUUGUUAUUUUUCGCCCAAUAGGAGCCUGCGGGCUUUCGAGCGUUUUUUGUCGUUUUUGGACGCUUGCAUUCGUCCUCACGUUGGUUCCGCGCUCGUUGUCGCGGGCAAUUUUAAUGCGCGUUGUUCGGAGUGGGGUGACUCCCUCACAACGGCUCGUGGAGUGUGCCUUGGCAAUUGGGCGGCGGCGCUUUCGCUCCAGUUGCUCAACGUGGGACAUGCGCCCACCGUUGUUCGCCCUCAGGGUCGGUCCCUCGUCGAUGUUACGUGGGGUUCUUCGGCGGUUCUUCCAGCUGUGUCGGCGUGA